AUGAUCUUCGAAAGCGUGGACACAUUGAUGGACAGUGAUGAUGAUCAUCAUUUCGAAUUACUUCCUAGAGAUAGAAACAAGUGCACUUUAAUAGCUGACGUUAUUAUCAUACAAUGUGUCUGUGUGUGUGUUGGAGCAGCAACGAUCCUCAGUUGCGUUUGGACUCCAGAAUAUUCGACGUGGGACUUUGACAAACUGACUCGUAUCAUGUAUCUAUACGACUCCGAGGCCUGUGGGUACCAGCUCAGGAAAGCCAAGAUGAUAUCAAACUUGCAAAUCAGUAAUGACACGUUUGGCCUUGAGGUUCUUCCUAUUAGAUGGCAGCCAGCUAUCACCACUGUAUCUACUCGUCUCUCAGCUAAGACUAGGAAAUAUAUAGAAUUAAGCUUAACCUUUCACGUCAUAUGGUUCUUUCUAGCCAUUGCUUUUCGAUUCAUCAUGAAAAACAAUUCUGAUAUACGCGCUUUGAAAUUCGCUCUAGAUGUAUUCUUCUAUAGCUGUGUCAUCAUUGUCGGUUUUGACUUUUCAAUGGCAAUAGUUUACGUCACGCAUAUCAAACAGAGCUUAACUAAAGGAAUGAUACUGAGGUACAGUGGAUGGAACAUCGAUCUGAAACUAAACAACUAUGAUCACUUUGCCGGCUGGCUCCCAAUUCUAGCCUCUGUGUGUUGGUUACGGGGUAUUGUAUUCUUCAUGAUCAAUUUAUACUUCUGUAAAGUUAUCAGAAUUAUCCUAAGAAAGAUCAGGAGAAAAGAAUUCAGAAAAAAGUGGCCUGUCGAUCAGUAUAAUCCGUUCCCCGAACCACAACAACUUCAAUUUGUUGACAAUUCAAUCCUAGUCUACAGAUUGGGGGAGCGAAAGCCUCAAAUUUAA